CGGUGUUCUCACUACCUCACAUGUCGAGCAGCAAGGCUACAAGUGUCCACAGAGUGUACAGGGAAAGGAAAUGAUAAGACCGUUGUGACAAACUUUUUAACAACGCGACUGUAGUGAAGUUGGCGCGGUUAGCUAACACGGUCCGGGAAGGAAAAAGAGGAUUUAUUCGUCAGGAAGGUGUAUGCUGCCAGGCUAACACAUGUGUGAGUGAGAGCCAGGGGUCACACUGUAAGAGGAGGACCACCGACCCAAAUCUGGGGAGCCAGCAGAGCCCCGGGGUGCUGGAAUGGAGCAACUCAUAGAGUCACUGGAGAGGAAGCUGCAGAGACCCAUACUGGCGAAGUCCCGUACUCUUCCCAGCAUCCCUCAGUCUCCUACAGUCUCCAGGGUCAUCGCGCUGAUCUGAUUGGUGGAAGUCCUCCUCGCAGGAAGAACCCGCCCGCUGACGACGGCCACCCGAAGGCCUGCACGCUGCCACCCGCAGGGGAGCUUUGGCGUUUGGAGGAUGACAUGGAGGGAGAAGACGAGCCCGAGCACGGGGGGUGCACCCAGGUCCGCCCUCGCUCCCAGUCGCCCUUUUCCCACUUCCGGGCGCGAGCUGCUUACCUCCGCAAGAGCGUCUCAGCGGACGACCACCUGGACAUGGGCAACGACUUCAGCUCCGCCCCCCCAGUGGAGAUCAAGCCGAGCCGAAGCAACAAGGGCAAGCUGAAGAGGAACUUCAGUUUGGGCUCUGCUGACCGAAAAGAAAAUCAGCCCAAGAAGUCAGAGUCAGGGAUCUCCAAAUUGACCAAUCGUCUGUCCCUCAAAGACCGUGUUGCUAAAGCGGAGAAGACUUCCACGAACCGACCUCCAUCCUACAGGAGACGCUCCCUCAGUUUGGACUGGGCUGACUCUACCAAGAUGACGCAGCCCAUGAGGGGGGACCAGGCCCACCAGCCGGCCCACCAGCCGGCCCACCAGCCUGCCCCGGCCCGCAAGUCGGCUAGCCUGUCCUCGCCAAGCGCGGCUCGACGACUUUACCGCAACUUGUCUGGAAAGUUCCGUGUGGGCACCAACCCCCCUGCCCUGGAGGACAGUGUGGUGUCAGGACGGGGAGGAGACAAAGAGAGGCUGCGCAAAACCACCAUAUUCCAGAGUAAUGAAGCGUUGUUCGAGGCGGUGGAGCACCAGGAGUUGGACUUGGUUCAGCUGCUUCUUUCUCAGUACAGUCUGGAGGAGCUGGAUCACAACACCCCAAACAGCGAGGGUCUCCUGCCGCUCGAUAUCGCUAUCAUGACUAACAAUGUACCCAUGGCAAAGCUGCUACUGCGAGCCGGUGCCAAAGAAAGCCCCCACUUUGUGAGUCUGGAGGGCAGAUCGGUGCAUUUGGCAACGCUGGUACAAGAGGCUGAGCAGCGGGUGUCGGAGUUUCAGGCUCAGGUCCGGAGCGAGGGCCCUUGUGAGCGGGAGGGGUCCGACCGGGAGAGGCAGCUGAAGGCCUGGGAGUGGAGGCUCCGGCUCUUCAGACGCAUGCAGACGGGCUUCGAGCAUGCUAACCCUCCAGACACACCCUGUGCAGUCCGUCUGUCCGUCAGCAGCAGCACCAGUCUACGGGUGGACUUCCAGGAGCCUCUCUGUGUCAACUCUGCUGUGGUUACCAAGUACAAAGUGAGCUGGAGCAGUGCUCCUUCACUGAGUCCUAUGCUGGGGGAGAUGCUGGUUGAGGACACCGCUCUGCUGCAGUGCAACAUCACUGGACUCACUUCUGGGACCUAUUACUACAUCCAGGUGUCAGCCUACAACAUGAAGGGCUGGGGGCCUCCACAAGUCUCCACCCCCGCCUGCGCUGCACCUUCCAGUUGGAGGGAUAUCGAUGGCCGCGCUCCCCGUCAGAGAGGCCAGAAGGAGGCACUGGACCAGCUACUGGGACAGAUAAAAGAAGCCCACCGCCACUGUGUCUGCCAUGAACAGUGCAAAGCUCCACAACAAGGUAGGAAGCACUCGGUAUCCAAAAGCCUGCGCCACCUCUUCCAACCCACCAGCAAAUUUGUUAAAAGCUUGAAAAGGGGUCUGUACCUGACAUCCAUACUCUACAGAGAUGAUAAUGUGUUAGUGACUCCAGAGGACCAGAUUCCUAUCGUGGAGGUCGAAGAUUCCUACUCCAGCUCCCUCAUGCAGGACUUCCUCUGGUUUACCAAGGUAUCCUAUCUAUGGGAGGAGAUCCCCUGGCUGCAGCAGUGUCUCAGUCCUUCGCAGUCGUCCUGUUCCUGCACUCUCCAGACGCGCCUCAAGAUGCUGCAGGCUGUCUCACAGCUGCAGGGAAUGCUGGGAACCCAGGACCUUGGUCAGGUAUAUUUUGAGCCAAUCAAAGACAAACAUGGUAACGCCCUGCUGGUGCUCCUGAAGGACAUGAGCUCCUCUCCCAACCUGGAUGGGGUUCGCUGGACGCAGCUCUGCAAACUCCAGCUCCAACGCAAGUCCAUCUCGUCCCCCGAGGAGCCCACGGCUCUGGACAUGCUUCUCAUCACGCUCCAUGAGAAGCUGGCGUAUCACAGGCGGAGCAGGAAGGUGCUGUCCCCCGGACUGUACCUGGGCUACCUGAAGCUGUGCACAUCAGUGGAGCAGAUCAGAGUGCUGGUGCCUCAGAAACUCCCCAACGUCCUCUGUCACACCAAAAUCCGGGACAACAGCAAUGUGUCCAGAGAGGAGUGGCAGUGGCUGCAGGCUCUCAGCUCUCUGGAGGAAGCGUUGGAAAUGGACAACGAAGAACAGAGCGCUCCCCAUCGCCUCUUACAGGACCUGCGCAGUGCCAUCAAGGACCUGAUGGCACACAUCAACAUCCCUGGCAAUCAGGUGCAGGAGUUCCGUAUCUACAGCCAGGAAGUGGUGGAGUUUGGUGAGAAAGUGUCCUUCCUGCUCCUCCUGCCACCUUCAGAUGAAGUGUGCACAGUUCCUGGUCAGAAUAACCCGUACUCCCCCCGCUCCGGCUUCCUCACCCUGCCCCUGCAGAUCUUUGAACUGGUCCACUUUAAUGCCUAUUGCCCCAGUUUCAUCGGCCAGUACUGCAGAGUGUCUGCGCUGCUGGAGCUGGAGUCCCUCAUGUCCCAGCAGGCCCUAAGGGAGGCCUUCUCUGAGGCUGAGCUCCUCUCUGCUAAGAAGAAACACCAGCAGGUCCAGGAACACAUUCAGGAAAUGGAGGAGGUGUGGCGUGAUGCAAGGUGGAUCAUGGACGCCCUGCAGUACGCUCGCUACAAGCAGCCAACGGGAGGCAUCUCGAUCAGCUGGAUCAUUGACUUCUCCAAGGAAGUCCUCCCUGAGAAACCUCCCUCCACCUCCUCUCAGGCCGAUUUCCUGCCCUCCCCCAUGCCUUCACCAGAACCCUGCCACAGGCACCCGGAUUUUGUGGGUCUAUCAGAUGAAGAGGGCUCCUCCGAGGUCUUUCUCACCACCGACAGCGACUACGACUCCAGCCGUGCUCAGAGUCCCCGGGAGCUGGACCUGCUGCCCGCCUCGCCGCUCUCCUCGUCAGCGCCGCUGGAGCCUCGCGGUUUCCUGCGUAGCGACGGCAGCAGUUCGGGAGGUGGAGGGUGUCCCGGAGUGGGAGGACGGGGCAGUGGGGCGCUGAGAGACUCCACUCCAGACGUCCUCCAGGCCUCCGAGCCGCAGCACGGGAGGGACGGCGAGCGGUGUGGCGGAGGAGGGCGGUGUGGCGGGGAAAGGCGGCGGGGCGGUCAAGAGCUGUUCGACAGCGACUUCAUCCUGCCCAGCCGGCAGAUCGAGCUUCUGCACAUCACGGAGAAGAGGCAGGCCUUCUGCGUGAGGACCAGCAGCCUGGAGUUCCCCUCCACCACCUCCGCCCAGCUUCCUUACUCCUAUCACACCACUUGCCCCUCCCCCUCCACCUCGCCGCAGCGGGGAUGGCACCGGCCCUCGUCGGUGGACCGCUGCUGCCCAGCUGAGCGCUGCCAACCGCAUCUUCCACCAGCGCGCACGUUAUCGCAGGACAGUGGCACGCAGAGGCUCUCCUCGCUGUCGCCCGCCGCCCUCAGGAAAGGCUGCCACGCCACGCUCAAAGUGUACCCGCAGUAUCACACAGGCCUGCCGAAGGAGACCAGUGUGAAGCUCUGUGUGACUCCAGGGACGUCGGCGCGGGAGAUGGUGCAGCUGGUGGUGCAGGAGAUGAACGUGGUGUCGCGGCGCAUGCUCGGCGGAGGCGAUCAGAAGCAGUGUGCGUACUAUAGCCCCGAGCAGCUAAAGCACUUUGGCCUCGUGCUGGUGGUGGACAACAGAGAGAAGUGGCUUCAGGAUGACUUCUGUCCCCUGGAGCUGCAAAACCCCUGGCUGAGGGGCAAACUGUGCGUCCGUAUAAAGGAGUAUUCACCACUAGCACUCAAACAAAGCCGGGCCACUACAGUCUGACACUUCCAGGAGAGAGACCCUGUGCCAUGUGCAGACUCUCUGAGGAUAAAUAUGUAUAAAUAUGAAGGAACUGUUACAUUUGUACAAACAGGCCUAUGAUAUUUUGUCCCACAACUGCAGCUACAACAUGUCAUACUACUGCUGUGUGCUUGUCAUAUGAGAAGCUUCUGUUUCUGUGAAAGUAUGCCGGAACUUUUUUUCAAAGCCCCUCAUAUGGACACCAAAUGAACAAUAACAAAAUAGAACAAAGAGAAAAUAGUUUCAGUGCUGUCAGAGUGAAUUUGGGAUAAGAUUGUGACGGUGAACGGGAUUAAUGGAGCGUCACUUUGACUUCUGGCAGGAUUGGCGACGGCACAUCGAGGCGGCGCGCGUUGCCAGCAGAGAAUUGGGCAGCGUCAUCGUCGCAGCCACACGCGGACACAGAUUUUUCUAUGAACUCUCUCAUUGUGUCAUUCCCAAAGAGCUGUCGCCUGCAGCCGCCCAGCAACAUCUCCCCGGGAUGUGGGCGCUGGACCCGGCCCACGAGGGCAGGAAGGAAGGGUGAAGUACAAAGGGUUGGGGAGGGCUGGCAUCUUAAACGGCCCAAACAGGUUUCAACGAUUUGGUCCGUCAGCCUGUCCCUCAACUGCUUUUGGCUCACUGUCUGGUAGCGAAGCAGCCAAGCAAUGAAAAAUGAGCUUGAUGAAGAGUGAGAGAUGGAGGAGGACGAAAGGGAGGAGGAGGAGGAGGAGGAUGAUGAGGGCCGACGCUGCAUCUUUCAGAACCUGGCGCUCUUCUCCUCCCUCUGUAGAGUGGACUCAGUCGUAGUGUAGCUAACACAAAACGAAACCAGCUCAUUUGGAUUUCCACCCCAGAGAAAAAACAAAAGCAAUACUUGACUUUAUUUUGUUUUCUCUUACAGACGGGCGGGUAAAAAAAGCAUGCAAACCUUCCAGAGUUGUGCAGAUCUGAAGUACUGUAGUCCAUGCUGUGCUCAAAGUUAACCAGUUUAGUGUUUUUGUUGUGUUUGGUUCAGUGGUAUUCCCAGAUGCAUCAGGAAGCGGUGCCCACCAGUCUACAUCAGCGUCUCCCAGAGGGGGUUUAUUGUGAAAGGGAUGAGUCUAGUUGUUAAGAGGCCCGGUGUUUGUUAGCAGAGCAACAUAUAUUUAUAUUUCCAAAACACUGAUGCCGGCAUUGCACUUUUGGGACAAAACACUAUAACUACACGAUAAAAAGGCCUCUUAGCAAUCCUAAUCGUCCUUUUUGAGAUAUUCUUUGGGAACCUGUGCCAAGUUUUAAUUUCUCUCCUCAUUUUAAAUCGUUUACAUUGAACUCCCAAACUGCAGGCUGUUUUAUUUAUUUUUUACCAACAGUUUUUAAGCAUACGAUCAAAACUUUUUCCUCACCACAGGCUGAGCAACACCGUUAUUAUAACCUUUUCCAAAUGUAGCACCAGAAAGGUCCGGAAGAGGAGCGAUGGACGGACCCGGCCUCAGUCACUGUAGCAUUCCAGGUUCCUGUCACAGGGGGCGUCUCUCAAAGUGUUUACACAGUUUCCUCACACUUUCUAAGAUGUGUUUACGUGUAACUACUGUAUAAAGAUGUCUUAUGACAAAGCGAUGUUAUAAGUUGUAAUUGGUUUUACUAAAAAUGGCUUGAACUGUUGUGUUAGCGCUUAGAUGUCUUCUUUAUUCUCGUUGUUAAAGGCGGUUUUUACGAGGGCCAACUGCAAAAACAAAUCACACAACCAGAAAAAGCGAACCCAUUGUACAUAGACAAAAGGAAGACCAGGGAAUGAAUGUACUGUAUCUGCCCUAAAUGUGAAAGGAGGUGAAUGUGGGGCUGUCAUCACUACUGAGGUCAAAGGUCAGUGAAGUUAGAGUCUGUCUUGAGAUUAAGCUGAAAGGGGGGAACAGAGAGAGGGGGGGUUGAAUUCCCUCUCCAGCUGAAAAAUAAAGUUUAGCCUCAUGUUUACAAGGAGCUGUUGGCAGAUCCAGCGGGCGAAGUCAUGAAGGAGACA